GUUCGUUGGACUACAACCACACUGAGCUGGUAUUCCAAAACAUCACAUACGACGAGUCGCAGUGGGACGUUCGGUACUCAGAUGGCUUUAAAACGUUCUCGGUUACGCGUCGGUUGGAUGGCAACUACCGCAUCAGCAAGGGCCACCUGACACACACGCACACGGACAAGCGACCCGUGUACACGAAGGAGCUUAUAGGCACGCUGUACUUCUCGUACAACAGAGAGAUGCACAAUGCCACUGCCGGUGUACAGCUUUCAGGGCAGGUGUCAGAACUGAGGGACUGGUUAACUGUAGGUAAUCUGGUGACCAACCACGCAAGCCCUCCCCACAACACAGCAACCGCCAAUGUUUCAGUGGCCUAUACCGGCACACCAACAUACAAUGACACAGCUACAGCCAAUGACAUAGCUACAGCCAAUGCCACAGCUACUAGGAAUGAUACAGCAACUACGAAUGUUACAGCAAUACCAAAUACCCCGGAAACACCUGUGCGUACAGGCACGCCCAUGUAUGUGAGAGAUCGCAAUGGACUAGGCCGCACACGACCGGGUGUGGUGACAUUCGAAGAAGAUCGGCUGGUGGGCAUCAUUGGCAUGUUGAAAGACGGGGCCAAUCACGAGCUGUACAACUUUGCCGUCAUGAACGGCGUUGCUUUCCGCGCGCCUUUCAUUGUCAAAGGCAUCACCACAUGUGGCCUGACGGACGAGAUGGUCAACGCCACCUGUCACAGCAGCGAUGAGGGCAUUCUCAAGGUCAGUGGGGACUGCCAAUCGGUCGCAGUGGAUGGCUCCGAACAGAGCGGCGGCCACAAUGUGGCUGUGAACAUCACCACAGACAACCACUCAAUCGCCACCACCGCAUACUUCCGCGUAUGGUACCCCACACAGGUACGCAGACCACACACAACAGGUUAUAACAUACACAACAGGUCACAGCACACACAACAGGUUAUAACAUACACAACAGGUUAUAGCUCACACAACAGGUUAUAA